CCAACGCGCCCCUGCCGCGGUCGGCGCGUGCGGGUCUCGAGCGCUCCUGCCGCGGGCCGUGACCCCCGACUCCCCGCCCAGCCGCCUCCCCGGCCCGAGCCGAGACUGGAGGAAGAGCCGCCUUGCGGAGGGGAAGGGACGUGGGGUGACCACGGCAGGAUUGACCUCCAUUUCAGCUAAUCAUGGGAGAGAUUAAAGUCUCUCCUGAUUAUAACUGGUUUAGAAGUACAGUUCCCCUCAAAAAGAUUAUCGUAGAUGAUGACGACAGUAAAAUCUGGUCGCUCUAUGAUGCAGGCCCCAGAAGUAUCAGGUGUCCUCUCAUAUUUCUGCCCCCCGUGAGUGGGACUGCGGAUGUAUUUUUCCGGCAGAUUUUGGCUUUGACUGGAUGGGGUUACCGGGUUAUAGCUUUACAGUACCCAGUUUAUUGGGACCAUCUUGAAUUCUGUGAUGGAUUCAGAAAACUUUUAGACCAUCUACAAUUGGAUAAAGUUCAUCUUUUUGGGGCUUCUUUGGGAGGCUUUUUGGCCCAGAAGUUUGCUGAAUACACUCACAAGUCUCCCCGAGUCCACUCCCUCAUCCUCUGUAAUUCCUUCAGUGACACCUCUAUCUUUAACCAAACAUGGACUGCAAACAGGUCUUUGUUUUACAGCUUUUGGCUGAUGCCGGCAUUUAUGCUAAAAAAAAUACUCCUUGGAAACUUUUCUUCUGGCCCGGUGGACCCUAUGAUGGCUAACGCUAUUGAUUUCAUGGUGGACAGGUUGGAAAGUUUAGGUCAGAGUGAACUGGCUUCAAGACUUACCCUGAAUUGUCAAAAUUCUUAUGUGGAACCUCAUAAAAUUCGGGACAUCCCUGUGACCAUUAUGGAUGUAUUUGACCAGAGUGCACUUUCAACUGAAGCUAAAGAAGAAAUGUACAAACUGUAUCCCAACGCCCGGAGAGCUCACCUUAAAACGGGAGGCAAUUUCCCCUACCUGUGCAGAAGCGCAGAGGUCAAUCUUUAUGUACAGAUACAUUUGCUGCAAUUCCACGGAACCAAAUAUGCAGCCAUCGACCCAUCCAUGGUCAGUGCUGAGGAACUCGAGGUGCAGAAAGGCAACCUGAGUAUCAGUCAGGAGGAGCAGUAGUUCUGGCUUUUCUGAAACCAUGAGCCGACCCAGCAUGUUCUUGUACAAUCGGUGAAGCCCGUGUUCCCGCCCACCUCUGUUCGGGUUGGCUGAGUUCGCCGGUCAUCACUGUGGUUUGGAAGUAGGACUGACUGACUGUCAUCUUCAUGACAGGAAGCAAUUCUUCUAAGCUAGCGCAGCUGUUCCCCCUUCAGUUUUUCUAGCUUUUGAAUUUGAAGAAGUCUUUUUGAAGGACUCUCAUUUUUAGGAUUGUGGAAAUUUUGCUACCAAAAGUCUUCACCCCUGUGUUCUUAAGUGUGAUUGGCAAUUUCUGAGGCUUGGGAUUUUGUGGGGGGUUUUCUUUUUCUUGUCUCUUUCUUUUUAUGUAGUUUGCUGUAAAUGCUGCAUAUCUAGAUUGUGUAUUAGAAGGACAUUUGUUAUGCUUUCUUGAUCAUAACCGUUACCAGAGUGCCAAGGCUAUCACCCCAUGUUUGCGCUCCUGCAAGUCAGCUGUUUUUAAUUUCCAGUUAAGCACAUUGGUUUGGGUUUUAGCUUUUGUCUCUCUAGCCACUACAGUCAUUUGGAAUAAAAAUUCAAUUUCAUUGAGUGGCUUUUGGAUCUUUGUAGCUUCCUGACUGGGC